AACCCCAAAUCUAAAAAAACAAUCUUUUCCAUUAGGGUGAGGUGAGUCUAUAAAUUGAUAUAUACCCAACAACACUUGAAACAUAGUUGAGAUGAAGAGCCAGGAGCCUCGGUCGAGCUCUUCGUGCGCAGCGUGCAAGUUCUUGAAGAGGAGAUGCACCCCGAACUGCCAGUUCGCGCCCUACUUCCGGUCAGACGAGCCAAAGAAGUUCGCCAAGGUGCACAAGGUGUUCGGGGCGAGCAACGUGAGCAAGAUCCUGAACGAGGUCCCAGAGGAGCACCGGGAGGACGCGGUCAACUCGCUCGUGUUCGAGGCUGAGGUGCGCCUCCAGGACCCGGUCUACGGGUGCAUUGGGGCCAUCGCAUCCCUGCAGCACAAGAUGGUCGAGCUGCAGCAUGACCUCUUCCUUGCACGAAGCCGGCUCGCGUGCUUCCUCGACCACCAGCCCCCUCCCCCGCCCCCGGCCCCCUUCUUCGACGACAUGCCCCCUCUCUUCGACCCCCCCAUGCCCGACCUCUUCGACCAAUCCACCCUUCCCUUGGAUCAUUUUGCCCCAUUCCACUACCCUUGACUAGAUCUCUCUCAUCAAAUUUUAUGUGUGAAUCAUAAUGUUUAACUGAGAUAAAUUGAGUGAGCUAUCGUUUUCAUUGAUACGGACAUGUAGCUAGCUACGAGGUAUUAAUUUUAUAUUUUGAUCUGUGUUUCCAUCAAAGUGGCUUGUGUUUUGCUUCAUUUUUUGUGUGGUUGGUUAAUUAGUUUAAUUUUACAAGCGCUGUUUAAUUGGUAAGACGCUUCCCCUUCAAUCAAUAGAUCAGAUGUUUGAGUCUGUUCGAGUCAUCUAGUGUGCUAUGUAUUGUAACUUGAGAAUUAGUUUUAUUUUUUUUAUUUUAUUUUUUACCAUGUGGAUAAUAAAGUUAGAUUUCUCUCUA